AUGAGCCAGUGGUCUAAUCCGGCGUGGCCCGAACCGCCCGCGCCCAGCAACUUUGUCAAACCAGCCAAAAACGAUUACCAGUAUACGCUGCCCGGGAACAAGUACCUGCGAGUAUUCCAGUCGGAGGCGCAAGCGCCAGCGACUGGGCCAGGCGUGCCGCCGGGCGUCGCAUAUCAGGGCGCAAUACCCAUGCAGCCCAUGAUGGAUGCGGUUGGCCGCAGCGCAUACGGUGGCCAGCAGCUCCAAUACACACCCAUGUCGGUGCAGUCAGUCCAGGCGGUACAGUCAAUGCAACAAUACCCUGCGGCAGCAGCGCCGCCGAAAUACGCCAGCCCCACUUCGGGGGCCGUGAACACUCUUGUGCAAGGCGCCACACCCAGCAACAAUAUCAACAGCAACAACAACAACAACAACAAUCUCAACAGCAACAAUAGCAGCAACAAUCCCAAUAACAGCACAAACAGCAGCAGCAACAACACCAACGCCCAGUUCCACAUGCAUGCCGACCAGUGGGAUCAAUUGGCUCUAGGCGUGCGGCAGCAGCACAGUGAAGGCGGGCGCACCAAGCCUCGCGCCAAGUCGCUCGAUGCAAGUGACACGCUGGCGCACGAGGAGGAGGCCGAAGAAGGCGCCAGCAGGGCGCGCGCGCAAAGCGCCAGCGGGCGCGCAGGCAAGGUGGCCAAGCGGUCGCGCAUGGGGUGUCUAACAUGCCGCCAGCGCAAGAAACGGUGCUGCGAGACGCGCCCCAAAUGCAAAGAGUGCCUGCGGCUAAGGCUCAAUUGCGUGUGGCCCAAGCCGGGCACAGAGCACAAGAACAAGCCCAAGGAGGUGAAGAACCAGGAGAACAUGAUUGACCACGAUGUGUACGGCAAGAUUCGUGUUCUUCGCGGUAUUGUGGAGUAUCGCAGCGACUAA